GUGCGGGCGACCCAGCGUCAUCCACCCUACAGCUUGUGAAGAGCUGCAAUGCAAGAAGCUGCCACGAGGUAGUGAUGGCGAAGAUGGACCUCUCCUAGCAUGAGUCGACAACGCAUCAUGAUCCCGGAGGCGUUCAAGGUUCUUCCGCCACUAAGUCCAGAGCUUCCGGCGCCUCCUAGAGCUCCGCCACCCCAUCGAGUGGCUCCCCCUGUAGUCAGGAGGGAGAAGACUGCCUUCGUCAUCCUCAACGACGAGGCGCCACCACACGGGAGAAGUAGAGACAAUUCUCCUAAUGGGAGAGUGAGUCCUUUCCGAGGAAGAGGCUUCCGCGAAGAGACUUCCAGGCAUGCCUCCAGAGAGCCAUCCCCGUCACCUGACCGAGCGAGGAGAAUCCCUCCACGAGCGAGGAGUAGAUCGACCAGUAGACUGCCUGUAGCUACUCCUAGAACUGUCAACGGCUCCAGCACCCCUACCAGCCCUCCAGGAGUCUCUGGUAUACCUAAGCCUAUCAGCAGAAGAAACUCUUUGUCGCCAAAUAGAGCAACUCAAGUGUUGAAUCAAGUGAAUAGAAACAAAUCUAUAAAGUUGCCCUCCCAAGGAAAACCAGUGAUAAUAAAACCAGUGUCUCAAUCUCCUCGGCAUUCCGUUAAGACUGGCGUUUCUCCUAAAAGAGUUGGAUCUUCGGAGAUCUCAAAAUCCCUAGUGAAUGGGACGAAACCACCGAUUCCGAAGAUUCAAGGAACGCAGAAUCAGAAAAAUGGUGAAAAGGAAAAUGACAAACGGGGUAAUCUUACAUCUCCGUAUAGGAAACGACCUCAGCCGAGCAAACCUGAAGCGGUCAAAUCCCCCUCUAGGAUACCGCGAACUAGAAGUGUCUCGAGAGGGAGGGAGGAUAAUGUCCGAGCUUCAUCUCCUGUACGAGCGGUUGUAAGGGCUUCACGAAAACUACCUCAAGGAUCAACUAAACCUGCUAACGGUGACAAAAAGGGUGUUUCGAAUAUAGAAAGGAGAAACAACGCUAAGAAAACUGGCCCGAUUGCAGAUAAGAAGAAUGCAACACCAAAAACAUCCGUGCCAACAACACCAGCGACACUAGUCGAAGAGAAGCCUAAGCUUAACUUAGACCUUGACAAUAAAAUUCCAACACCUAUAGAGGCUGUUGUUUCAACACUUCCAGGAACUGACGACAAGACUCCGGAACUUGAGAAGAAAGAAAUACAAGAAGCUCCGAUUGAGGUGCAACCCCAGGCUCAGGUACAAUCUCCUCCACCGGCAAAGACAGUGGAGGUAGAAAAAGAAAAUAAAACAGAGGAAACUCAGAAACCCCAGGAAGCUCCAACUGCUGCUAAAGAUACCAAAGAAGAAGUUCCAGAAGCAACUGUUACUCUUGUACGAACUACAACUGCUCCGGCCCUGGAACUGGCCCAGCCGGAUGUAAUCCCUACGAUUUUGUCCAAGGGAGAGCAGGAGAUCUCAAAGUCGAUCAGUGAAGGUCCUUCUGAGGAGGAUCAGGACGAGAACCCAGGAGGUCCGAAGGGAGAGACUCUCGCCUCCGUGGAGUCUGUCAGGUCCAAUUCCUCGGUGGAGACAGUGCGAGCGGCAACCAAGGCUCAGAGUAGAGAGAAUGAAGUGGAGGUACUUAGCGCCAACAACCUGAUGAAGUCCGACAGCCACACCAGAAACGUCGCGUGGGACAAGACUCCGGACAUGUCUCCUCUCAACAACACUGUCCAUCCCCUGGACCCCUCGCUCCCGCUGCAACCCCCCAAGAAGACUGGAUGCUGUGGUCGGCUGUGUGACAAGCUGUGUUGCCGAACACCUGAUAAGGUUUGUUGCUGCAUAAAAACUCCAAACUGCUGCAGCGGGCUGGGCCGUGGACUGGGAGCUCUCUGCAGCAAACUAAACUGCUGCAAGAAGAUGAAUUGCAGCAGUUGCUGCGGAAAGACUGACACUAAAACCAAAAAUAAACCCAAGCCUGCUCGGCAAAGCAGUAGACUACGAGACUGCUUGUCACACCUGAACUGCUUCCGCUGGUCCACGUGUUGUCGCAAGAGACAACCCCCACCACCGAGGGAUGAGGAGGAGGGGGACGAGGGGGGAGGCUGCUGUGACGGCUGCAAGUAUCGCUCCUGCGGAUGUUUCAGGGCGUUGUUCUGUCUCAACCGAGCCUGCUGUCAAAGAAUGCGGGCUUGCUGCAGAUGUACAAGGUUUGGUUGCUGCAGAUCAGGGGGAUGCUGCGGUCCUACCCCUCCUGCACAGCUGGACCGCAGAAAAAGCAGACUCAGCGUCCGCAAGAGUCAGACCAGCAUUACGCAAGGGAUCCCCAAGCUAGAUCCUACCUUAGUAGAACACCAGUCUAUGAUGCGAGGGGCCGUGCCUGUACUGCCUGUGCCUCUAGCCUGGCUGUGCUGCAUCCUCAAUGUCUUCCUGCCUGGUACAGGCACAUUAUUGAGUGGAGUGUUCUGCAUGUGUUUCGGCAAGCCGAGGUUCUCAGUGAACGACUCGUACCCGUCUCGAUUGACAGCGUUCCUCAUCAACCUGGUUGUGUCCGUGUCGCAACUCUUCACCGUCAUAUUCUGUCUGGUCGGAUGGGGCUGGAGUAUUUGGUGGGGUGUGAUGAUGGUACGCUUUGCAAGAAAAAAUAAAAGGAUUCAAUUGGCAGAAAGAACAGGCGGAGACCAACCAGCGGCUGCGCCAGUGGCGGUCAAUCAGAAUCAUGAUGUAGAGAGAGCUCGAUAGCGAAAUAGACUAAGAAACGGAUACAGAUUUUACAGGCUGCGUCCAUGUGGUUCAACUUAAUGUUAAUGGUUAACAUCUCAUUGUGUUGACACAAAGAAAUAUGGCAUUAAAAAAAUGCUGCAUUUCAUCAAAAUUUACAGAGAUUAACCAUAUGUUUUAUAAGAUUACUACAUUGAUUUGAUUUGACCAUCCUUUCCUUUGUGGUAUGAGUAACUGUAAGUCCUUUGAACUUACUUAUAAU